UAGAGCAAUUUGGGACCGCGACGCUUUCUAGCGCGCUGGGGUCCUGCGGUGACCUCUGAGCUCGCGGCUCUCGGCGCUGCUGCUGCCGCCCGACCCCCGUCCGCCUCGCCGCCCCGCACAAUGGAGUCGGUGGUCUUCCCCCGGCGCGCGGGCCAGGCUCCAUCGGCCUCCGCCCUGGCUACCGAGCGCGCCCGGGUGCUGGCGGACGGGCUCAUCAAGUCACCCAAACCGCUGAUGAAGAAGCAAGCGGUGAAGCGGCACCAUCACAAACACAACCUGCGGCACCGCUACGAGUUCUUGGAGACCCUGGGCAAGGGCACCUACGGGAAGGUGAAGAAGGCACGAGAGAACUCGGGACGCCUGGUGGCCAUCAAGUCAAUCCGGAAAGACAAAGUCAAAGACGAGCAGGAUCUGUUGCACAUAAGGAGGGAGAUUGAAAUCAUGUCUUCGCUCAACCACCCCCACAUCAUUGCCAUCCAUGAAGUGUUUGAGAACAGCAGCAAGAUCGUGAUUGUCAUGGAGUAUGCCAGCCGGGGCGAUCUGUAUGAUUACAUCAGUGAGCGGCCACGGCUGAGUGAGCGUGACGCCAGGCAUUUCUUCCGACAGAUCGUCUCUGCCCUACACUACUGCCACCAGAACGGGAUUGUUCACCGCGAUCUCAAGCUGGAGAACAUCCUUCUAGAUGCCAAAGGAAACAUCAAGAUUGCUGAUUUUGGCCUCUCCAACCUGUACCACAAAGGCAAGUUCCUCCAGACGUUCUGUGGGAGCCCUCUCUAUGCGUCACCUGAGAUCGUCAACGGGAAGCCCUAUGUGGGCCCAGAGGUAGACAGCUGGUCUCUGGGAGUUCUCCUAUACAUUCUGGUGCACGGCACCAUGCCCUUCGACGGGCAGGAUCAUAAAACUCUGGCGAAGCAAAUUAGCAGCGGGGCUUACCGGGAGCCCCCUAAGCCGUCUGAUGCGUGUGGCCUGAUCCGGUGGCUGUUAAUGGUGAACCCCACCCGUCGGGCCACACUGGAGGAUGUAGCCAGUCACUGGUGGGUCAAUUGGGGAUAUACCACCAGAGUUGGGGAACAGGAAGCUGUGCGUGAGGGUGGGCACCUUGGUGGCGACUCUGCCCGGGCUUCCAUGGCUGACUGGCUACGACGCUCUUCCCGUCCCCUCCUGGAGAACGGGGCCAAGGUGUGCAGCUUCCUCAAACAGCACGUGCCGGGAGGCGGAAGCGUUGUCCCUGGGCUGGAACGGCAGCAUUCCCUUAAGAAGUCCCGUAAAGAGAACGACAUGGCUCAGACUCUGCAGGGUGACCCAGCUGAGGACGCCGCCCCUCGCCCUGGCAAGAGCAGCCUCAAGCUACCAAAAAGCAUUCUCAAGAAAAAGGCCUCUACCUCCUCCUCAGGGAUGGUACAGGAGGACCCUCAGGAACUCAGCCCCAUGCCGGAAACGCCGGGGCAGCCUGCCCCUCCUGUUGCCCUGCUCCCUAGGAAGGGCAUCCUCAAGAAGUCUCGGCAGCGUGAGUCCGGCUACUAUUCCUCUCCAGAGCCCAGUGAGUCCGGGGAACUCUUAGAUGCUGGCGAUGUGUUUGUGAGUGGGGACCCCGUGGAGCAGAAGACUUCCCAAGCUGCAGGGAACCUCCUCCGCCGGAAGGGCAUCCUCAAACUCAAUGGCAAGUUCUCUAGCACCACGUUAGAAGGCAGCACCCCGAGCACCUUCGGCUCCCUGGACCAACUGGCCUCCCCUCACCCUGCAACCCGGGCCAGCCGCCCCUCAGGGGCUGUGAGUGAGGACAGCAUCCUGUCUUCCGAGUCCUUUGACCAGUUGGACUUGCCUGAGCGGCUCCCUGAAACCCCACUGAGGGGCUGUGUGUCUGUGGACAACCUGAGGGGGCUUGAGCAGCCACCCUCAGAAGGCCUGAGGCGAUGGUGGCAGGAACCCCUGGGCGAUAGCUGCUUUUCUCUGACAGACUGCCAGGAGGUGACAGCAGCCUACCGGCAAGCCCUGAGAAUCUGUUCAGAGCUCAGCUGAAGAUGAGAGGUGGUGCCCUGGUUUGGGGUGGGCUUUGAGGGGUCUGCAGGUACCCUAGAUAGGAUUCCUGGGAAAUCUGGGGGAGUAAAGCCCAUCCAGGGCUCCCUGUCUUCAGCCUGAUGGAGCAGGAAGAUGAGGAGGGAAAUGGUAACCCUGUGGGGGAGGGGGCCACGGAAUCCAGACUGCCAGAAUGUUGUAGUAUAGUAUGGCCACCUGGGACCUGAAGAGCCCUGUCUGUGCCUACCUCCUCCAUGCCAUGAGUAUUACCCGUGGUGCGUUUUCCUACCUGUUCUCUGCCAGUGUCAGGGUGGAUCUUCACACCAGUUCCUGUUCCCACCGACCACCAGAGUUAGAACCCUGGCAUGCCUGGGUAGUCUGGGGUAACCUUUCCUCCCUUGUUGGAAGAGGAAGCAGCCUCUGGCUCCCAUUUGCCCUAGUCCGUCGCUGCUGCGGUCUCAGAGACCUGAAAGGACUCUCGGGCUGCUGUUUGGUUUCAUCUCAAGGGUUCAGAUCUGGGCCCCAUCUUAAACCUCAAAGACUGGAGCUUCUGCCUUGAAGCUGCUCCUGAUGUCUGGACUGUGGAUGGAUGUGUCUUUCUCAGGCUAACGGGACCUAGAAUGUGCUGACUUAUUUAUUUUUUUUUUGGUUCUCUUUUUUGUUGUUUUGUUUUGUGAAUUGUGCUGCUUUGGGCCAUGUGAAUGCUGUGUUCCCCGGAAAGCCACUGUGCCACUGACAUUUAUGUACAGAAGUAUUUGACAAUAAUGUCCCUCUACUGGGUGUGGAGGGGCGGGGCUGGCUUUUUCAAACUUAGGUCCCGAGCACUGGAUUGGCUGUCCAGUCCCUUCACACCCGAAGCUGCCCACCCUCCCCGAAUCUGUGGCCAAAUGAACCUCAUUCCAUUAAAACCAGCAUGGUGACUGGAAAAACAA